AUGUCAACGAUUCAAAUUAUUGGUGUCCCUGGCCUAACGGAACUCGGCAGCAUAGUACGUAAGACUGCUUCGGCGCUGAAGGCUCGCGGGCGGAUCAGUAGGGAGAUAGAAAGACAGGUUAAUCGCAUAGAACACUUUGUAGCAACACUCACUACGUCAGUCAACGCUUGUAUCAAUGCCUGUGAUGAUGAUGGAGAAUUCAAAGUCCUUGGGAACUAUUUGUACAAAGCCCAAGAGUCCGUCGAUGAACUGAACAAACUGAGGCACAAAUUGAUCGAACUAAAACAUCGACGAUACAAGAAACGAUUCGCCAGCCAAUCGAGAAUCAUCGACAAGCUUGAUGCCUAUGAGAAGCAGUUCUCAGAUGUCAUAUCUGAGUUUCACCUAAUUUCUAGCGUUUCGGCUAACAUCCAAGUCGGGGGCCUGUUCCAAAUCGAUACUAUAGGCACUAAUACAAGAACUACCCAUCAGACAACUCGUGAUUUCACGGCCUGGUGGUUUUUAGGGACCUCAAAACGCAAUUCUCCACGUAAGACGACAGCCUCGGUCAACCAGUUGCGAGUCGCAUUGUUCCUGGUGGUCACAGGCGCAUUUUUUUAA